AUGGAGGCGAAUCGAGCUGAAGCGCAGCGUUGUGUAGACAUCGCGCGUGAUGCACUACGUUUAAAGGAUGGUGCAAGAGCAGUCAAGUUCUUGCACAAAGCUACUAAAUUGGACCCUUCUAUAGACGUGAAAUAUCUUCUGAAAAAAGCACAAGGAUCAGGAGGCCAUUAUGAUGGGGAAGAUUAUCAUGCGACGGGAACAGAUGCUGGCUAUGGACAUUACGAUCAAUAUGAAGCAGAUUCCGGUAUGCAUAAUCGUAGGAAGUUUCAUGCUAGUCGUAGUCAGCCGAAUAUGAACAGUGAAAGAGGCUGUCCAGAUGGAGCUGAUGAAGGUUCUUCAUCAAGCGCCGUUGAAACAAAACAAAGGACUCGUUCUCGUUCGUCUGUUCGAUCAACUCUUGGUAUUCAUUAUACAAAGGAAGAGCUAGAAAUUGUUGAGAGAAUACGACACUGUAAAGAUUACUAUGAAAUACUAAAUGUCAAGAAAACUGCUAGUGAAGCAGAUCUUAAAAGGGAAUACCGUAAGCUAGCAUUGCAGCUUCAUCCUGACAAAUGUCGUGCACCGGGUGCUACUGAAGCUUUUAAAGCACUCGGAAAUGCUUAUGCAGUUUUGUCUAAUAAAGAUAAGCGUGCUCAGUAUGAUCUCUAUGGUACAGAAGGACCACGAAGACGAAACAGUGAAUAUGAGGAUGACUUUAGUGAGUACGAUUAUGCGAGAGGUUUCGAAGCAGAAUUCACUCCCGAAGAAAUUUUCAACAUGUUUUUUGGUGGGGGUUAUCCAUCUGCUCAUUUAAACAGACGCCAUCGUGGAGCGCAAUUUCAUUUUCAUCAGCAUAGUUCAACACAGCAGUAUCAGUCACCCUAUGCACCUAUACUACAACUUCUACCACUUUUUGCGGUUUUAUUGCUUGGCUUGAUUGCUCAGUUGAUGGUGGGCGAUCCCGCAUUUUUGUUGCAACGUACUGGCAAAUAUACUGAAGAGCGUCUAACGAGAGAUUUUCAAGUGCCCUAUUACGUUAAAGCAGAUUUCCUGACCAAUUAUCGAAAUAAAAUCUCCCAAAUUGAACACCAGGUUGAAGAAGAAUAUAUUUCUCACUUGCGAAUGGAAUGUUACAAGGAAAAAAACGAAAGAGAAACUGCCAUAUGGAGAGCUCGUACUUUCGGUGGCGCCGAUUUGUGGAAUCAGGCUCAACGUAUGGCGACACCAAGUUGUGAUAGGUUGAACGAAAUAUAUAGUUAG